AUGGUUGUCACACGUUCGGUGAAAGCUAUUGGUAAGGAUGGUAACGAAGGUAAGACCGUUGCGGAGAGUGAGGCUGGGCCGUCGACCGUGCCCUCAACCCCUCUUGUCGACUCGACAACCGCACCACCGGCGCCUUCACAAUCCCGUCCCGUAAGUACUUCGUCUCGUUCUUCGUCCACGGUGGUGGCCAGAAGGUUAGCGGCUGAGGCGCAGCACGCGCGUCGCCUCGUCGAGCUAGAGGCACAACAAAUACGCCACCGCCGUGAGCUCGAGCGUGAAGCCGCUGAACGACAAGCUGCUGAACGUCAAGCUGCCGAGCUAGAUGCUCGCCGGCUGGCCGAUCUGGAACGAGUGACCGCCGACCUAGAGCUAAAAGCGGAAAUCGCCGCCAUCGAGGCAGACGCGAGUCGUCAUAGCUCUAGAAGCAGCCAUGUUAACAUAGACCAAUGGUUCUGUAAGUCUGAAGCUGCCUUUAAUCAUGAAAAUACAUUAAUUAAUAAUAAUAUUUUCAGGGAUCUGGAAACUGAAGCCCCUCGUGCGCUUGUCGCAUCCCCUGCGCGGACAGCGACUGUGCGCCGCGACUGUGGUGCCGCGAUAACGGUGGCUCCCUUCGGACGCCGUGACUAUGGUGCUGCGAUGACUGCGGCCCCUCUCGAGCGUCCCGAGAGUGGAGAAGUUCCACAGCUGAUUAAAAGUCUGGGUGUUUUAGUAGAAAGUGUAAAUAAAAGCAUUGGCCACGCAAUUAAUCGUGUUCCUUUACCCCGUUUCGAUGGCAAGUCGCAUCUAGAUUGGCUUGGCUUGAAAAAAGCCUUCGAAAACACGCAAGGUUCCUAUACAGCUGCGAAUAACUUGUCAAGGCUGAACACUGCGCUGACGGGCGCGGCGCGCGAGGCAGUCGCCGCGCUGCUAGUGUCUGCGCGCGACCCCGGCGUCGUGCUAAACGCGCUCGACGCACGCUUCGGCCGCCCCGAGAUCGUGGUGGCACACGAAGUUGCUGCGGUGCGCGCAUUGCCGCGCGUGAGCGCUGAAGGUAAGGAUUUAGCUGUGUUUGCCAGUCGAGUUCGCAACUGUGUCGAAAUAAUACGUUUAUUGGGUCAUACGGAAUAUCUGGCUUCGCCUGAACUAUUUCAGGCCUUAAUUACUAAAAUAUCUCCACUGUUGCGAGCUAAAUGGCUAGACUAUGCCGUUCGUUAUGAGGCUGCCGGUCUGUCAAAGCUAGAAAAUCUAGCUGAUUUCCUCGCUAACGAAGUCGACCUGCAGUCUCGCUUCGGCAUAAUCCCUGAGCCGACUACUGCGUCACAAGCGGUAGAUAGUAGGCGGGCCAGGGAUAAUGUGCACGUUGCCGCUGAAAAUCAUUCUGUGAAUUCAACUUCAACAUCGCGAAAUAACGCUAAAUUGAAUUCAUCGGUGACUGCACCUAAAAUUAAAUCAUGCGUCGUAUGUGAAAAACCGCAUGAUUUAAUUCAAUGUGACAAAUUUAAGUCAAUGUCAAUCAAUGACAGAUGGAAUUUGAUUAAAAAGAAAAGAGUCUGUCAUCGAUGCCUCAAAGUAGGUUGGCAUAGGUUUAAUUUAUGUAAGGCGAAGAAAGUUUGUGACGUUGACGGAUGUACGUUCCGUCACCACGUAUUACUGCACAACCCGAAUUACGAGCGUUCCGCAGCAGCGCACGUUGAGGUGGAUGACGAUGAGCCGGUAGCGGGAACUUCUGGCACUGCACCGCGAGCCCCGACUGCCCACGCCGCAGCACCUACUCUCAUGAGCGACUCUGCUUCAUACGAUGUCGAAUCAAAGGAGAUUCUGACCCACACAUCGACAUCGGUUGCCGCGGGAUAUUCGGCUCAGACGUUGCCUCCGUUGCCUCCUCGUCCGUUAUUGAAGAUCGUGGCGGUAACCGUGUCCGGUCCGUUAGGUUCCGUCAAUGCGUACGCGAUGUUAGACGACGGGGCAACGGGUUCGUUCAUUGAGCAGGAUAUCGCCGCGCAAAUAGGUGCCUGUGGACCCCAGAGGCGCAUGAGGUUAGACUGUGUCGACGGGUUAGGAAAAGAUACGUAUGUGCAGUAUGUUGAUUUCCAUAUCAAAGGUCGCCGUGGCAAAGAUACGUACUAUAUCAGCAAAGCGCGGGCGAUGAAAGGUUUAGGUCUCGCUACUCAAACUCCCGAUAGGUCGAGCGUACUUAAAUUUUCCCACCUUUCAGACAUCGCAGAUGAGUUUUGUUACGGCAACAUACAGCCGUCGAUUAUAGUCGGUCUCGAUAAUUGGCACCUCACAAUUCCUAGGGCUAUACGCGAGGGUAGUAGAGCAGAACCGGUCGCGAUUAAUACCGCGUUAGGUUGGGUCCUGUUCGCCUUUGGUUGCAGUAAAGCCGCAUCCGCCGAGACCGUCAACCACGCUAUAGUGAGCGAGCCCGCGGUCGCGGAUGUCGGCGAUCGCGCAGUUUUAGAACAGUUGAUUCGCGAGCAAUAUAGUUUAGACUCAAUCGGCAUUUCGAAACGCGAAGCGCGCAGCGAUGAUAAUGAUCGCGCUGUCCAAAUUCUUGACCGUACGGCGUGUCGCCUGCCUAACGGGCAUUUUGAAGUCGGUUUACUUUGGAAGUCAGACAAUUUAUCUGUGCCUGAUAGUCGCAAGCUUGCCUUAUCUAGGUUUUUUAGUCUCGAGAAUAAGAUGGCCCGUGAUUUUCAGUAUGCAGAUCGUUACCGUGCAAACAUACACGACAUGUUACGGAAAGGUUAUGCUGAACUGUGCACGGAAGAGCCUAGCGCCAAGUCGCCAGUUUGGGUCUUGCCGCAUUUCGGAGUAACCAAUCCAAACAAACCUAACAAAUUAAGAGUCGUACACGAUGCUGCUGCUAAAAGUCACGGUGUAUCGCUAAAUUCACUUUUAUUAACCGGCCCAGAUUUGUUGCAGCCCCUGCUCGGAAUCUUAUUGCGGUUUAGAGAGGGAAAAAUUGCCCUGACUGGUGAUGUUCGCGAGAUGUUUCCCCAAGUCAAGAUCCGACCAGAGGAUCGCGACGCUCAGAGGUUUUUGUGGCGCGACUCGCCCAAAGACCCUAUCAUGACAUACCGUAUGUCAUCUAUGAUUUUCGGUGCCGCUUCCAGCCCUUUCACUGCCAUUUAUAUAAAGAACAAAAACGCAGUGGAAUGGCAGGAGCGUUUUCCAGACGCGGUUCGAGCCAUCAUGGUUGAUCACUAUAUGGAUGACUGUAUAGUGAGCCUAAAUUCUGUUGACGAGGCCGCAAAACUUGCUGCCGAGAUCACCAACAUCCAUAAACAUGCUGGCUUCGAGAUGCGUGCUUGGACUUCAAACAAUCCCUCUGCGCUGCGUCUACUACCCAAAGAGAGCUUGGCUGAAGUCCCUGUAGCUAGCAAUGACGUAGACGUUGAUCUUGGUCGACUCACUGCUCCUGUGCGAACACUGGGACUUAUUUGGCAACCCGUUUCAGAUAAGAUUGGUUUUAACAUCGGAAUAAAGGGAGAACGUUUGUUGCCAAAUAAACUCACUAAGCGUGAAGUGUUGGCUCAUGUCAUGCGGGUUUUCGACCCACUCGGUAUCCUGGCGCCAGUAGUGAUUACGGGUCGCAUCAUGUUCCAAAAUGCGUGGCGUAAGGGUAUCGAUUGGGACGAGGAGUUGUCGCAAAGUGACAGUGCAGCAUGGAGACUCUGGUUUGAGGAUUUAUAUGCAAUUUCUGGUCUACAGAUCCCACGCUGCUACUGCCUUGGCGAAUAUCGAAUCGAUAAGUGCGAGCUUCAUUUGUUUUGUGACGCGAGCGAGUCGGCGUUCGCUGCGGUUGCAUAUUGGCGGUUCGUCUUAGAAAAUGGUGAAGUGAAGCUGGCGCUUAUAUGUAGCAAAGUUCGAGUAGCUCCUUUAAAACAAAUUUCCAUAAAUCGCUUAGAGCUCCAAGGAGCGUUGAUCGCAGCCCGUCUCGCUUCUACGAUUUGCGAAGCACACAGAUUCAAGCCUGUCAAUCGCAUAUUCUGGUGCGAUUCUAUGACGGUUUUAGGGUGGCUUCGAAGCGAGGCGCGCUUAUUUAAGCCAUUCGUUUCUCACAGAGUAGCCGAGAUUAUGGAAAUAACCGACGUAAAAGAAUGGCGAUGGGUGCCAAGUCAAAUCAACGUUGCGGAUGAUGCUACCCGCAUCAAGCGAGUGACGUUAUCAUCAAAAUCGCGUUGGAUUUCGGGUCCUGAAUUUUUGCUCUCUUCGGAGUGGCCCAGCGAGCCCAGUUCACCAGAAUAUCCAGGCAUGGAAGAAGAGAGCAAACGUGCAGCGCGUCCCGAUUUGGUUCAUCUCAUUAGUGAUGUUGAAAAGCACGAUCCAGUCUCAGCCGAUCCUAAGCGGUUCAGUUCUUGGGUGAGGCUGGUACGCGCAACAGCAUUAGCUCAUAAGUAUUUGUCAUUACUUAGAACCCAUUGCCUAACUAGAAAGGGUCUAUGUGUAGACAAUUUAGUCCGCUUGGAGGGGGGCUUGUGUAGUUUUGUGUUUCAGCCGUUCAACCAAUGGCAACAGUUCGCCGCCCCGCGCUCUGUGCGCGAAUCUGCCGCGGGCCUGACCGCCGCAGAUCUACGUCUAGCUGAACUUCACAUUCUGCGCCAGUCCCAGUUGAACACAUUUCCUGACGAGAUGGCCAGUCUAGAUAGCCAUCCCGCCCAGCUUCUGCCACGCACCAGCCGUUUAUCAAAGCUAUCGGUGACUAUCGGAGACGACGGACUUAUGCGUUUAUCUGGCCGUAUAAGGGCAGCGUCGCAAAUACGGGACGAGAUGAAAAACCCCAUUGUGCUUGAUGGCAAAGAUCCAGCUGUGCGCCUGCUUGUCGAGCACCACCAUCGCAGGGCUACCCACGCCAACACAGAGACCGUUGUGAAUGAGCUGCGACAAGAUUAUCACCUUUUGUCACUGAGAAGUACCGUCCGCAAUAUCACCUACAACUGUUUGUUUUGCCGAAUACGCCGGGCCAAGCAGUUUCAACCCGUGACGGGAGACUUACCAGAAGCACGCCUUGGACACCACAAACGGCCAUUUACAUUCACAGGGCUGGAUUACUUCGGUCCAGUACAAGUUUCCAUUGGCCGAAGACGCGAAAAGAGAUACGUCGCCCUUUACACCUGCCUCGUAGUACGUGCAGUCCAUUUGGAAAUUGUCGACAGUCUGUCAACCGACUCUGCGAUUAUGAGCCUCCGCCGGUUCAUCGCUCGAAGAGGUACCCCAUCAGAGCUGUGGUCAGAUAAUGGGACUGCAUUCGUGGGUGCCAGCCGGGAGCUUCGACGCUUAUACGACGACGCUACGUCCCAGUUCGCUGCUGCGCAGAGAAUUAACUGGCGUUUCAUCCCCCCGGCGGCACCGUUUAUGGGUGGCUGCUGGGAGAGGCUUGUGAAGAGCGUGAAAACUGCACUCAAGGUGACUCUCACUGAGCGAGCUCCAACUGACGAGGUUCUACGUACACUUUUGGCUGAGGCGGAGGCCUUGGUGAAUUCCCGGCCGCUUACUCAUGUUUCCGUGGACCCUCAGAGUGAAGAAUCACUGACGCCUAUGCAUUUCCUGCUGGGUACUUCUUCGGGACGCCCAAUUCCAGCCACAUCGUCAGAAACGGACCUCCUGUCACGUUCCAGCUGGCGUAAGGCCGUCAGAUUGUCAGAACAUUUUUGGCGCCGCUGGUUGAAAGAAUAUCUUCCGACACUAAUACCCAGACGUGGUCGAGGUGAAGUUCCUCAAAUUGCAAUUGGUGACUUGGUGCUCAUAGCGGACGGCAAUACUUCCCGAGGUUCCUGGCUCCGUGGACGCGUCACAGCUGUUUUCCCAGGCCCUGAUGGCAUCAUACGAGUUGCGGACGUGCACACCAAUGGAGGCAUUUUGCGGCGGCCCCUGCGGAAGCUGGUGAAGCUCCCCCUUUAA